UACAAGGGAGGAAAGAAAGAGACCUACGAGUUCACGUCUCAGUUCGCCAGCAAUGUUUGGCUUGGUAAUCCGUUGAACUACCCGAGCUUCAUAAUCUGUUUUCAGAGGACAAGUGACACCGUGGGACGGACGUUUGUAAGUCGCUACUUUUAAAUUUCAAACAUGUCCUCUCGUCUCAUAUUUCGGGUGAGAAAGUCAACAAACGUCACAUUUGUAUGCAAGUCAAAAUCAUAAUGCGCCGCAUUCUGGAUGCACACUCUGUCCAGCAAUUUGCCCGUGACCUCGUCCGUUUUAUGUAGUAGUAGUUUCCGAAAAGUUGUCAAAUUACAUAAUAAAAGUUACAGUGGAAAGUGAGCGUAACAAGUUCAAGAUAGUGAGUUAAUUAUAAAACACGAAAACUGAGAAUCCAGGCCAUACAAACUCUGAAGAAGAUGGUAAAAGUUUCCAGUAAGCGGGUUUGAACAUUUUUUGUGUGAGAACUGUGUUACGCAGUGCACUUUGGCACCUUGCUUUCAUAUACAUUUAUACAUUUGAAUAUGCGGAAAUGAAAGUACAUGAAGCGUUACAUGUUCACUCCUUCAAAGACAUUCGUCAUCUUCUUGAGCAUUGAAGGAAAGUUAUUAAUAUCCUUCUGAACGUGAAUGAAAGUCGUCCACUGACUCAAAACCCAACAACAGGAGGAAAUUGACUGGGAACAUGAACAGACGUAAUUUACUCGGUAGCUUACAUAACCUUAAUAUCUGUCGGCGUAACUAUGAGUAAGGACCACGUUGCAUAAUUUUGAAUCCACAACAUUUAAUCUAUAUCCAAAUAACUACAUGCAUGUACUUAUUUUGUCAUCGUGUCGAGUAAUAACGUUGCCGUAUUGUCAUGUGGUAGACAUUAUAAAAUAAUUUACUUGUACUUUGUGUUGAGGGAGGACAUCACUACAUCAGCAAUAACUUCAGCGAAUGAAAAAUAGCGUGCUCGACGCAAUUUGCUAGACACACCUCGUGAACUCCUUCUUGAUUCUUAUCGGGAUUACGAUCUCAUCAGCACUAUAAAAGCAUAAACUUUCACAAGACUUUCACCACAAAAUUCUAACCAAUUAAACCUAUUUAAUCCUCCUGGAAUUUGGUUAAUUUGGACGUUCGCUAGUGAAUAAGCAUGACAGGAUUACCCAGACGUUAAUUUUCCUACUCCAAGCGACGAUAAUUUUAUUUUAGAAAUGGUACCUGCCAAAUUAAAGCUAUAAGAGAAAAAGCAACGCAAUUUAGACACGAAUUUGCAAAUCAAAUGUGUUUGGCGUAAAAGUUAAUAGAUUUAUAUUUUCAAGGUGAAACAAAAAUUAUAUAACGUGACAAUUAAGUGAUUUAGAUUUAAUGAGCAGUCCACGAACGCCCCACAAAAAAACAUACAGCAAACAAAGACGACUUUCAACUUUGUGAUGAUCAGGUUCUGAAAUAUUUUGCAUGGCUUACAAAUCCUCAGUUGAUGACAACAUCAAUCUGGAAAUCUAAUUGGAACUUAUAUUCGAAUUACAUCGUGUAAUACUUUGAGUUCUGAAAUACAUUGCUACUUUUCGCCCAUGAAGAUCAGUUUAGUCAUGCAAACUCUGAUGCAGCAGCAAGAAAAUAAGCCCGUGAAGUGAACAAGUGUUUUAUUAUAUGAAAUCUGCGCUGUGACACUUUCUACAAGCCAGCUUCAUAAUAAUUUAUGGUCAGUUUCUGGCCACAGUGGCUGAAGUGGUGGUGCUAAAGGCCCCGUAAUCGCUGCUCGACGCUUUACUCGUCCCAUUUGCCAAAUCGUAUUCUUCUGAAUACAUUAGUCCCCUCCUUGCACAUCGUCGUCCUCAAAUUCGUAAGCAUGCAACCAUCUGCUGUUGCUACACAAAGUUGAUUUGUUAAAAAUAUAGCUUCAGUCACUUGAACCAAUGGCACCCUUACCGCUGCAGAACCCAGAUGUCACAAAAAACCGACAAGGUGGCAUUUGUCAUUUCCUUAACUUGCAAGAAGAUAAUGUGAGGUUCAUUCUCCUGGCAAUUUUCCUCUAUGUCUACUUGGCCAUGGGUGCGUUCAUCUUCCAAGCAUGUGAGGAAAGUGGGGAGAAUAAGACGAGAAGAGAUUUCCAAGAUUUGUACGAUGAAUUUGUUCGAAACUUUACAAGGUGCUAUUAUCCCACCCCCUCGAAAGACACGAUGGGACUCCAAGUUACCAAGGACAACAAGUACACUUUCGGAGGUGGCGUUGACAUUGGUGCGAACACUACGCUUUUGACCAGCGUGGAUGAUGUGAAAAGUGUUGAUUCUGAGGAAAGCAGCAGCAGGAGUGAGCCUUACCGUAUAACGCUGGACGGCCUUCACGAGUUACUUUUUGCAUACGGAAAUGCUACCCAAGCAGGAAUGGUGUGGAAAAGGAAGAGAUGGGACUGGGUGGGAAGCUUUCACUUUGCCUGGACCAUCGUUUCAACCAUCGGUUAUGGAGCGACGACCCCUUCCACGCUCUUGGGAAAACUGUUAAUAAUUCCUUACGGAUUUGUUGGGUGCGCUGGCGGAUUACUCUUUUUUAACCUAUUUUUGGAGAGGAUUAUCACAUUUCUCGCCACAUGUAUGAGAAGUUACAGACUGAAACGACAAAAACGUCGACCUUGCAUCGACAACGAUAAUGCCAUAGAUGAAAAACCAGACCCCCCGAAUGCUGCUGCUGCUGCUGGACCCGCCAUCGCGAUAACGGUGGUAGCCGCACAUCGUGGAGCCUCCCCCUCCAGAUCUUCCACAGGGGAAGAAUCUAUCGUCGAGCAGCCAGACUGGAAACCCUCCGUGUACUGGGUGAUGCUCUGCCUCUUUGCAAUGUCAGUAACAGUGAUUUGUGCAUCAGGGACCUUAUUUCAACAAAUGGAAGGAUGGACCUUUGGCGAAUCUGUUUAUUUUAGCUUUAUAUCCUACUCAACAAUUGGUCUUGGGGACUAUGUUUCAUUACAACAGCAAAGUUAUGGGAGUAUGGAAAUGCUUUAUAGAAUUGUGGCGUUCGUUCUCAUGAUUUUUGGCUGCUGCUGUAUAUACAGUCUUCUCAACGUUACUUCGAUAGUAAUCAAACAGUUUUUGAACUACAUAAUCAAGCAGAUGGACUACUGUGGCGAGUGCUGUUGUUGUACUUACUGUCGAUGUUCUGCUGCCAAAGUGCGACGGAGAAUGAGUUCCAAAAGAAGGAGACCAAACCGUAGUCUUCGCAACAUUAGAAAUGGGGUUGGAAAUAGCAGUAAUCGAUGUCAAGUUUCCGUGCUAAACAAGUCCCACGCAGCACGAGCCUUCACUCUGGGUCGUCAUCACCCCUACAACAUUCCAGAAUCGCCAGACUACGACUGUAACGAGAAAGAGGAGGGUGGGCACGGGGGACUCAAUAGUAGUCGAUUUGAUUUGGACGAGAGGCGAUGUUCGGGAGAAAACAUGAUCAGCAUUCGUGGGGAGUUAAGUAAUAAAGUGAGUUUGGCUGUGAUGCAGAAAAGACUUUAUGAAACGGCGCAGAUGAGUAGACAUUCUUCUGCAUAUGAUUAUCCAGGCUUUUCAGCAACUUCAGUAGGACCACUUGCAAUUGUCACGGAGAAACUGGGAGAUAAUCCGGUUUAGGACUUAUCCUUAGAACCCAGCCACUAUGUGACCCUUGUCGUUUUUUGUCCACUCUGCACUCUCUGUUAUGUUUAAAUUACGGACUCAUAUUUUUACUACCGAUAGCGAAAAAGUCUGUGGGUCUAGUAAUGGAGAAACUGAUGGAGAAAGUCAGCAUGCUGCACAAGUUGACACGAAAUGUUUGUAUAACAUGAGAAUAAAUUGAUUCGAUAUGA